AUGGUCAGUUCACUAGAAGAAAAUGUAAUAUCAAUUGAAUUAUCAAAUACAGUCUAUGAAAAUGAUAAUAGUUUCGAUUCAGAAAAUUGUUCCCGAUAUAACAAAACAACAUUAUCGACUAUAUUGGAUCAUAAUGAAGAAGAAUGUUAUAUUGUAGUAUGCCAAGUUUUUAUUCCUUUUAUGAUAGCAGGAUUUGGUAUAGUGGCUGCUGGAUUAGUUCUCGAAUAUGUUAAGGAAUUAAAUUUAUUUAAAGAAAUAACUGAAAUUUAUAUAUUGGUUCCAUUUUUACUUGGCUUAAAAGGAAAUUUAAAAAUGACAUUAACACCACGUUUAUCUACUGUUGCUGUUUUUCAUUUUGUUAUGAAUAGUGUAGGCGAUGAUUUAGUAGCUGUUCAAACAAGUCAAUUAUCUACUACAUUUCAUCACCAAGGCAAACCAGAAGAAUUUCAAGAUAUUACACAAUAUCAUGCUUCAAAAUUAUUUCCUAAUCCAUAUAAAAUAUUUUGUUCAACUAGUAUAUUAUCGAUCUGA